UGUUCCUUUCCUUUUCUUCUUCUCCAUACCACUCUUUCCCUUUUAUACAUAACAAAACAAGCAUGGGAUACUUGCAAUCCCUUGGCUGUCUCCUUCAAAAUGCAAAGCCUUACAUCGUUGUCAUCUCCCUCCAAUUUGGCUAUGGCGGAAUGAAUAUCAUCUCUGCCAUCUCCCUCAACCACGGUAUGAGCCACUACGUUCUCGUUGUCUACCGCCACGCCUUUGCCACAGUCGUCAUGGCACCUUUUGCUCUUGUUUUUGAGAGAAAAAUGAGACCCAAGAUUACGCUUAAGAUUUUCGCUCAGCUAUUUGUUCUGGCUCUUCUUGGGCCACUGAUUGAUCAGAACUUCUACUACUUGGGGAUAAAAAUGACAUCCCCAACUUUCGCAUGUGCUAUAAGCAACACGCUUCCUUCAAUGACAUUCAUCAUGGCGCUUCUUUGUAGAAUGGAGAAGUUGGAGUUGAAGAGUGUGAGAUGCCAAGCCAAGGUGUUUGGAACAAUAGUGACGAUGGUGGGAGCCAUGUUGAUGACAUUUUAUAAAGGAAGUGUCAUCAACUUCUUCUGGACUGGGCAUGGCCGCCACCCAAACACACCACCCACGGCGGAUGCAGCGGCGGCGUCCAACCUUCACAACGACGGAAAGGUCAUCAAAGGCUCCAUCUUCCUCAUCAUCGCCACUCUGGCUUGGGCGGCCUUCUUCAUUCUGCAAGUCAUAACCAUGAGAAAAUACACAGCCCAUCUUUCUCUCACCACCAUGGUUUGCUUUUUAGGAACCCUUCAAGCCAUUGUUGUCACCUUCGCCAUGGAGCACCGCCCUCACGCCUGGGCCAUUGGCUGGGACAUGAACCUCCUGGCCGCCGCUUAUGCGGGGAUUGUUUGCUCAGGGUUGGCAUAUUAUCUUCAAGGUUUGGUCAUGAAAACAAAAGGGCCAGUUUUUGUUACAGCUUUUUGCCCUCUGGGGACGGUGAUUGUUGCCUUCAUGGGCUCUCUCAUCAUGGCUGAGAAGAUUUAUGUUGGAGGGAUAAUUGGAGCAGUGCUGAUUGCGGUAGGGCUGUACUGUGUCUUAUGGGGUAAAUGCAAGGGUGUUGAAGACACUGCUGAAGCAGUGAAAGGUGAAGAAUUGCCUGUAAAAAACGAAGCCAUUGAAGCAACUCAAAAGAAAGAAGGUUUGGCCCUUAGUAUUCCACCCAGCAUGGAGAAGAAGCUUCAACACACUAAUCACCCAAACUAAGAAUAAAAAAGAGAGAAUCCUGAAGAACAAUAACAGAGAAAUGGCCAAGAAGACAAUUGACCUUAUAAUUUACAAAUCAAUUUGAAUAUAGCUCGAUAAUUAAAA